CAAAUACAAAAUGGAACAUAAACUCUUUCGGUCGCAUCUGAUGAGCAACUGUUGUCCACUCUAAAGAACAGGGAAACAAUAACGAUGGCGAUUCUCCGAUCUCACUUAAUCGCUUCUGCUCUUAUUCCCCAUAACGCCUAUGGAGCUCAUGCGGGCUCUCUUCGCAGGAGCGUACACUUCAGCUGCGAUACUUCUUCUCUCAGAUUUGGAUGGCAGACAAGUCUUUUCAGGAGGCAGAAACAUUACCGCGGUAACACCUGCUAUGCUUACUCUAUUUUUAGCCCUGACACGCUGCAGUGGGCCUCUUCCAUUUCUUCUGCGGUUUUAAUGUUUUCAAAAGGUACAGCUAUCCAGAAAUCUUUUCUUGUCCCUCUAUUUGCUUUGCAAGCUCCACCUGCUGUAAUUUUAUGGAUCAAGGGUAGGUAUGGCAUUUGGACAGCUUUUCUAGCACUCUUGGUUCGCCUAUUUUAUUUAAUCCCAGGUGAGCUGGAAUUGCCCUUCUUAACAAUGUUGCUUGUGAUUUCUGCUCCUUAUGAAGCAAUAAACCUUCGAGGAAGUCAAGCAGGCACGAUUAUUUCCUUGGCCACGGUUAUAUAUCUGGCUUUUCAGCAUUUCUCAAGGUCGGGGAGCUUACAGAAAGCAUUUGAUCGAGUAUCCUUUAUUGCUACCUUGGCCAUCAUCUGCCUUGUACUUGUGAGUUGCUUACUUUUGUUUUGAGCAAGGUAACUUGAGGAAACUUUGGCAGGUAUUAAAACAGAAAGUCAGGAAAAACAUUCGUAAGGGACAACUGACCUUCUGCCUCUUUGCCAUGUUCAAAUAAAUGUUAAGGCAUGUACAAUAUAUGAUGCAGAAGGCUGACAUGAAAAUGUUCUAUUAUCAUCAAAUAAUCUUGAAGCUCACUCUUUCUUGUGCCAGAUAGCUGAUGGUUUGUUCCAACAGUUGCUUAUAAAAAUGUCCUGUCCUGAUUCCGUUUUCUUUAUAA